AUGACGAUACCGUCCUCGUCAGUCACCACCACCACCACAACUACUCCAAUGGACACAGUCGACGCAAUGUCAAGGUCAGAAGAUGACGGGACAAUCAGACCAACUCUUCCUCGCCGCUCAUCUUCGCUCCACAAACAAGUCCUCAUCAAGCUCCGACCACUACCCUUCCAAUAUGUCUGGGAUGUAUGGCAUUCCAAACCCGAGUCCCACGGCAUAUAUCGAUGGACCAUGUUGAUUGAUCAUGUUGCCGAUAUUGCCGCUUUUUAUCGCACAUUCAACAAUCUACCGUGGCAUCGCCUCCAAUUCAAGGAUACCAUCCAUAUCUUCCGCUCUGGCGUGACACCCUUGUGGGAAGAUCCCCAAAAUCGGCAUGGUGGAAGUUGGUUGAUACGAGUUCGUUCGGAGAAUGGUCGUGCUGUCAGACUGUGGGAGGAAAUCUGUUUAUUGUCUUGUGGCGGUGAAUUGCAGGCUGCCAUCUCCCAUCAGCAUGAUCACGUCUUGGGUGUUUCUUUCUCUCCAAGACAAUUCUUCACGCAUAUCUCCAUAUGGACGAAGAAUGGUGACGAUGCACAAAGUCUCAAGGUCAUGGAACGAGCUAUUCUGAGAGGCUUGUCUCCAGAUCUGCGCCCGACAUCCAAGGCUGAGCUGAGUUAUCGGAAACAUGCAGACACAUUGUUUAAUGCUGGCAUUGUUGCUGGUUUCCAGUCACCCGAUUUAUCAAGGUUGCCAAUGUAUCCUCCGCUUCUUCAUGCUUCUUCCGAUAUCGUCUGA